AUGUCGCUAUUCCACUACCUACAGGAACAACCUGCUGAUGCCAAUUUUGCUAUGGCAGCAUUGGCAAAAAGUGAUACACAUCCAAAUAAAAUCGAUGUAUCUAUCGGAGCAUACAGAAAUGAGGAAGGACGACCACAGUUGUUCAGGGCUGUGAGACAGGUCAAAAAGAUAAUGGCCGAAGAUGAAAAUGAAUUGGAAGAGUACCUCCCGCUCUCUGGUCAUCAAGGUUUUGCUAACGAAGCACGUGAUCUCUUGUUCAAGGGAGACCAAGAUACCAAGGCUUAUCAAGAAUUAUAUGAACGCAUAGUACCAUUCCACAGUGGAUCCGCCACAAACGCUAUAUAUAUGACCCUGCUAUUGGUAAAGGAAACGAUCCCAUACGCUAAGAUGGCAUAUUCAAGCAACCCUGGUUGGAAUAAUUACAAGAGGCUGGUAACCACUGCAGGGUUGCAGUAUGGCGAGUACCCAUACUUUUCCUCUGUAGAUAAAGGAGUUGAUUUCGAAGCAAUGACUGCUGCGUUGCGAUCUUAUGAAAAGGGUUCUGUAGUUAUUUUACAGGGAUGCUGCCAUAACCCAACUGGAUUUGACCUCACAGAAGCACAAUGGCGUGUAGUACGUGAUAUCGUUGUCGAUAGGGGGCUCAUCCCGUUACUUGACAUUGCAUAUUUGGGUCUGGGCACAGGUGACGUAUGGAAGGACGGGUUUGCAGCACGUAUAUUCGCAGAGAAGGAUAUGGAUGUUUUUAUAGCACAGAGCUUCUCCAAGAACAUGAGCGUAUAUUCCACAAGGAUCGGCAUCAUGCAUUGUCUAUUCAAGCGUGAUUUCAUACCUAAACGACAAUUGUUGAUUAGUUACCUCGAACUAAUUGGAAGGGGAAGGUUCGGCUCAGCGACCCGUCAUGGAGCUGAGAUUGCUUAUCGUAUAAUGUCAACACCUUCCUUACGUAAGCUUUGGUUAGACGAAGUUAAACAAGUUGUCGAUCGGCUUCAUGGGCUUAGGAUAACGCUUCGUGAAAAGCUUGAAGCUAAGAAAGUACCUGGAAAAUGGGACCAUAUUACCAGACAGAUUGGCAUGUUUGCAUAUCUAGGUAUACCCAAGGACGCAGUCGAUCGUUUACGCACCGAUUACCACAUCUAUAUGAUGGCAGAUUCCAGAGUAUCGGUCGCUGGCCUUAACCGUGGCAACCUGGACUACUUCGUGGAGUCAACAGAGGCCACGGUUAACGUGUUAUCAUGGCCAAAAUUUGUACAAAAGGAACAUCUUUGGGCCAGUAACUUGGUACCAGCUAUUAUAACGGCUCACGGACCUCUGAAAAAGAUAUGUAUUAAAAACAGUGAUAUAUUUCCCCUGGCAUUCGAUGAAGAGGAUGGACACUUGAGUUACCUCUUCAGUGGAAGGCUCUACAACCUACGUAUCGGAAAUGAAAUAGAACGUUGUGUAGUAUCACAUGUUCAUGCCGAUCCGUUGGAAAAGGUAUUAUAUUUUGUUAAGUUUGCAAGGCAUGUGGAAGGACAUAUCAGCGAGGUAGACAUACCAUGUUCAGUCGUCGGUCUCCUAGCCUCGCCCGCAUAUUUAAAAGGUUACCAUGUUCAGCUAAUGAUGCCUACUAUAAAAUGUGAAGUUGCUGGAAAUACCGUACCUCCACCAUUCCAGAUUGAUGUGUCUAAAUUGGACUAUAAAGAGCCUUUCAAUUCUAUCAUGCUCAAGGAUAUCGAGCAUCUGUUACCGCGGGACGAGAGCGUCAUGUUCCACAGAUCAUAUGACCCUGAGACCCAGGAAGUCCUAUGCACAUAUCAGACGGGGACCCUGCCCGAGCAGCCCCUGCCACCGGAUUACGUUGACCCUAACUUCCUGAACAAAAAGGGUCAACGCAUACACUUAACUUACAAAGGUUUCUACCCUAAACAAUAA